AUGACAGAGCUAAGGCACCGUGGAGCCAAAGACACCGAGGCGACGUUAGAACAACAGCCGUCCGAGGACAAGGGUUCAGACAGUGAGCUGAGGCUGGAAAAAGAUGGCGGAUCAGAUAGUGACCCCAAAGUGGACACAGGGGUCCCUGAGGUUCCAGUGCCAGCCGAUGACACACCAGAGGUGUUAAAUAAAGCCUUGUCCGGACUCUCCUCAAGAUGGAAGAACUGGUGGGUUCGAGGGAUCCUUACACUGGCCAUGAUUUCCUUCUUCUUCAUCAUCAUCUACUUGGGCCCCAUGGUGCUUAUGAUGAUUGUCCUGUGUGUUCAAAUUAAAUGCUUCCAAGAAAUCAUCACCAUCGGUUACAGUGUUUACCACUCGUACCAUCUGCCAUGGUUCAGGACACUCAGUUGGUACUUCUUGCUCUGUGUCAACUAUUUCUUCUAUGGCGAGACGGUCACAGAUUACUUCUUCACACUAGUGCAAAGGGAAGAGCCACUUCGUAUCCUCAGCAAAUACCAUCGCUUUAUCUCUUUUGCCCUCUACCUCACAGGUUUUUGCAUGUUUGUGCUGAGUUUGGUGAAGAAGCACUACCGCCUUCAGUUUUACAUGUUUGGCUGGACUCAUGUGACUCUGCUGAUUGUGGUGACUCAGUCUCACCUCAUCAUUCACAACCUGUUUGAAGGGAUGAUCUGGUUCAUUGUGCCAAUUUCCUGUGUGAUCUGUAAUGAUAUUAUGGCCUACAUGUUUGGUUUCUUCUUUGGCCGCACCCCUCUCAUUAAGCUAUCACCAAAGAAGACAUGGGAGGGAUUCAUCGGUGGAUUCUUCUCGACCAUUUUGUUUGGCAUCAUGCUCUCCUACGUGAUGGCUGGCUAUCGUUACUUCGUAUGUCCAGUUGAGUUCAACAACGAUUCCAACAGUUUCCAGGUGGACUGCGAGCCACCUGAACUUUUCCAGCUACAGUACUACACCCUCCCCAGCGUCCUACAGUCGGUCACUGGAUGGACCACGGUUCGUCUCUAUCCAUUCCAGAUCCACAGCAUCGCGCUGUCCUCAUUUGCCUCAAUCGUCGGCCCCUUUGGUGGCUUCUUUGCCAGCGGCUUUAAGAGGGCCUUUAAGAUAAAGGAUUUUGCCAACACUAUUCCUGGACAUGGUGGUAUAAUGGACCGAUUCGACUGCCAGUACCUUAUGGCCACAUUUGUAAAUGUCUACAUUGCUAGUUUUAUCAGGGGCCCCAACCCUAGCAAGGUGAUUCAGCAGCUCUUGGCACUUCGCGCCGACCAGCAACUCUACAUUUUUAAUUCUCUGAAGGCUCACCUCAUCGACAAGGGCUUGCUGCCCGCAUUGGACGAGGCUGCCGCCUAG